GGGACUGGGGGGGGAAAGGGGGAGAAUGGCGGCCCAGUGUGCUAAAUGUUUGGCAGAAAGGAAAGGGUUUCGGAGGGAACUUGAUUCUUGGCGACAUAAACUUGUUCACUGCGUUGGGCUUGAAACUAUUCUGGAGGAAAUCUAUGGCCCAAUGCUGCUGAGAGACCUUAAUUUAUGUAUGGGCUGUGAACCUAAGAAGGUGGAUGACUGGUCAGCAGAAGCAAGUGUGUCGCAUUGUUCGUUCUGUAACCUGCCAUUGGACAAACUCAGUGACCAAGUACCUGCAACUGUAUCACCUCUUUCCUCGCCCUCUGAUUACUCCCCUUGUCAAACCUCAACCACAUCUGAGAGCAGUCAAUCGGCACAUAAGUUCCUUCAAGCUGUUUUUCAUAAGAAAGAUGUGACCUUGGAUUGUGAUCCCAAGAUACCUUUGGUUGCUCAGGAGCUGAUGAAUAAAAUUAUUCAUCAGUUUGCUGAGGAGUAUGCAUCCAAGUGCCUGCUCCCUACCACCACAAAUGGCAUUACAAGACCCUCAUCUCCACUGUCAGAGACCUCAGAUGCUCCCCUGGAUCUCACAGUGAACAGGACAAAUUGUGUGUUAGAUCUCUCAAACCGGAACUCUGCAAGCUCUGCAAUAUCAACAUCCAAUCACAGCGCCUCAGGGAGGCAGCACAAGAUGAACGAGUACAUUGAGAGGAGCUGGGAGCUGUCAGAGGGGUUGCUGUCCAAGGCUUUGAAGGAUAUCCGCUCAGGGAGGCUGCUGGAGCAACGGGCUGCCUUGCUUUAUGGGAUACCUCUACAAACCUUACAACAAGGUCUGGAGAACUGGACAGAUGGGAAGCUGGAUGCGCUGCAUCAGUUUAAACAAGGUGAAAGGGACUAUAUGGAUGAGACAACCUCUCACGGAGCAAUGUCAUCUACGUUAGGCGGAGAAGCCCGUCUCGUCCUGCAGAAGGUGGCAGCUUGGGCAGAGCGAGCAGAAAUUGGGGGAGGAGCAGAAGAAAACCCGGAUUCUACAUUCCCGUCGUCUACUCUAGCUUUCUAUCAGCCAAGCAGUGAUCAAAAGGCCUUCCCUCAAAGAUUUCUCCAGCUCAGGAAUGCCCUCCUGCAACCAACAAGUCCAUCUCCCAGUUUGGGAUCACCUACAACUCUCCGGAUUCCUCAGGUUCGUUCCUUGUCUGAUCACAACAGAGCUGUGUCAGCGGAGACGGCCAGCAUGGCAGAUCAUCUCCGCCAGCGUACCUCACUAACCGAGGGUACUGCCAGUUUAUCUUCAGCAUCUCCCAGGCCUUUAUCUUUCUUCAAACUCCGAUCCCCUCUGUUAGCACAAGGCUGUUCAGACGGCGCCAGCCAGUUACCUGAUCGUCUUGGACCACGCAGAUCCUCACUUGAUGAAACAGAGGACGGCUGCCGCGAUAAAGACAAACAACCCAGAAAGAAACGAGGAAGAUACCGGCAGUAUGACCACGAACUGAUGGAGGAAGCCAUCACCAUGGUGAUGGCUGGCCGCAUGAGUGUCUCUAAGGCUCAAGGAGUUUACGGAGUGCCACACAGCACUCUGGAAUACAAAGUUAAAGAGCGCACAGGAACUCUGAAGAACCCGCCCAAAAAGAAAUCUACUACCUUUAGUUCAAGUUCUAACUUGUCUGCAUCUGGUACCAUGACCAGUUCCAGUAACUCAGGAAAUCUAGCCUCAACUGCCGAUGCGAAAGGUUUUUAGACCGCAACACGCCUCAAAUUCCUCAACACUUGAACAAAUCCUCUCUUACAAGAUAAAUGUUCUCUGGAAACUCACUGAAAUUCAACUCUUGCCUUUAUGAAGUGCAUCAAUAUUUAUAUUCAGGUUUUUUUGUGUGUCUGAAUUGAUUUAUUAUUGAAGCUGUGUUUUUCUGACCUAGUCCUUUCUGAAGAACUGUUUAUAUUUUUCCUGUUGCUGCGGUGCUCAGUGCAUCUUAAGAGUUCAGGGGCUUUGAAAAUACAGUUAUGAAGCUCUUGGAGCUUUGAAAUUCGGAGCUAUUUAAAAUCCGAAAAACUCUCUGUAGUUUAUAAUUUUAAUUGAUUUACAUUCAUGUUUCUUUUCACAAAUUUCAGCUUAUUGAAGUGAUCCUAAAAAAUGUACUGUGAAUUUUCAGUACAUUCACUCUUAAAACAGGCGCUGAUGGUUUCAUCUACAUGGAGCUCUCUUGGUCACUAGCUGGACCCGAAGUUAGCUUUCCUUUGGUUAAAUAAAAGGUCAGAAUUUGUCAAAUGUUAUCAGUUGAUUAAUCCUAAUAACAGAAUAAGUCAAAAUAAGAAACAACGCACUGCUUCUAGAAAAUAUUGUACCCAAAAAUGAAGUUGUACUUAAAAUGUAGGUACUUUUAGGAAUUUACAUAUUUAAUGCUUUAUUUUGGGGGUUUUCUGUGAAAAAGAAAAUCUUUGAAGGAAACCUUGUUUCUCUUAUUGCUUUAAACUCCUCUUAUGGUAAGUGUUGAAAAACACAGCUUCAGACUUGGAGCUUUGAAAUGAAGUACGACUCCUGUACUUGUUUCUUAGCUGGUUAACUUUUAGGCUAUUCAGGUUUAUAUAUCAGUUCUUGAAACUAUAAUAGCAGAGCAUUGAUGAUUGUCAUUUUCAGAUUUUUAUCUCUUGGUUUUACCUGAGCUUCUCAAGUCACUUAGAGCCAUUUCAACUUUUGAGAUACUUGCUGAAGACCUCGUUUAACAGUGAGAUUUUACAGUAAUACAUGCUUAAAUAGUUUUACAUUCAAGAGGUUGACUUAAAACCACCUUGUGCGCACAUUUCCCUUUUGUUUCUCUUUAGUGCAGACUAGUCUGAACAUUGCUAUAUAUACUGUGUGUUGGAAUGCAUCCGUGCUGCAUGUUUUACAAUGUAAACUGAGAAGCUUGGAGAUAUCUGUUAUUUGUAUAUCUUCUGCUUGUAAGCGACUUUUUUUUCCUUGUCAAAUAUUUACUCAACUGCUACAGUAGUUGUAAUACUGCUAACCUCAUACAUGACUGCUGCUUAACUUUACUCGACUGUUCUCCUCACACGACGUGUAGCUUUGUUAAACGCUUGUAUAAACUUAAGAUUCAAAGAUGCAGAGAAGUGCAUGGAACUAAAAGAGAUUUAUGUUGCAUGUUUAGGGCUUGUUGUUGUUAAAUAGUUAUUUGUCUGUCUCUGGAAAUAGUUUUUAAAGAUUUCUUUGUAGGAAGUUGUCAUUGUGACCGUGACUUAGUAAUGCAAAGCUUAAAAGCUACUUCUGUUUCCAAGAAUUCUAGAUGCUGCGUCUAAUUUUGUGUUUGUCAGAUGGGCCUAGUUUCAUGAGUAGUGCUAUUACCAAAGCAGCGUUUCAGGUUUAGCCACACAAAGCUGCUGCGAUUUACUUUGCUGCUAUGCCAGCCCGUCUGCUUCUUGUGCUCUUACGCCAUCUAACCUCAUUACACGUACAGCGUUAGUCAAAACCUGGGACAUGUCUCGCACAUUGCUAGUGAAUGAGACUGCAUUUAACCUACAGUCGCAUUCACAUUGGUAACACUGAUACAUCCAUAACAUCAAUGUGCCAAUUGGAAGGCAACUCGGGCUUAAGUGCCUUGCUCCGGGGCACAUCGACAUAUGUAGGCAGGAGCUAGAAUUGGACCUACAGACAAGUCUACACAAUAAGCCACAGUCACCCAGAGAACUUGUCUAAGCUUUCGAUGCGUAUCUGUACCUCAGGUUUGUUUGUAACUAGCAGGGGUGCACCAGUUGUUCAGCUGACCGAUGGAGCCUCGAUUUGCUUAAUUUUUGGAGGUUGGUAAUUGGCAGAUACUUGGAUGGGAAAACGAUCUUAUCUACCUCUGCAAAAGUCUGUGAAUGAGCCACUGUCGAUGCUCAAAACGUAAUUUAUAUUUCAGAGCAUUUUUGUUUUACGGGUACUGAUUCAAAUAUUGAAGGUCUCUUGUAAUCUUAUAACACAGUGUCAGUUAUUUAAAAAAAAUGUUUUGAUGGCUUGACAGUUGAAAUCUACAAAACCAGGCCUAUUAGAGAACGAGAAUAUGUAAUCACCCAGAAAGCUGUAAUCGGUGCACCAUCAGUUACCAGCAGUAAUUAGUUUUCCAAUAAUUCUGUGUUCUUAUGGGUACAUGAUUGCUGUCUCAGGCUAUAUGGCGCGGGACUGUAUGACACUCAGUUGGCACAUUCCUAGAGCAUAUACUAAUAUCCAGCGAUAUCUGCCUAUUGAAUCAAUCAGAAAAUCAAAAAUAUCAGGUGUCUUGUCAGUUUGCCUAAAAAAGACUUCAAGCUUUGUUAGCUGUUCGCUUAGACUGCAGUAACGCCCUUGGGGUCACAUGACUCAUUCAGUGAGUGAUCUCAACUUACAGUUUUUGAGAGGAGCAGCCUGCUGGCACCAAAUGCUGUAUAUUGACCUGAAAAUCCAUUUAAAAUUAAGGUGAUAAGUGGGUCAAUAGUUAAAGUGCUGUUUUAAAUAAAGUCUCAAUCAGCUUCUUUUUCUGCUUUUAGCUUUGUAAAAUAAGAAUUUAAAUGGCUUCUGUUAUGUUGUCCAAAGUGGAAAGAAAUAGAGUAGUACUUAGCAGGUCAGUUAAAAAAAAAUCCAGAUGCGAAAACGUAUUCAGUUCACAAACUGAAGUAGUCAAACUAAUUUGCUUCGCAAGGAGGGCUUCAAUCAAGGUUACAGCUCUUAUUGCCAGUGCUGGAUGGUAUUAAUUCCAUCUGGGCAUUUUCUGAGUGUCUGAUGUCCAUGAAAAUGUUUGGCCUCAUUCCUCUGUAGCCGACUGGUUUGGGUGGUGUUGAGCUUAGCGUUCUGCACAAUGAUGCUCUGCUCUGUAUUUGGUACUUGAGUUCAGCAGCUGUGAUGUUGGCAUUCAGCCCAUACUUGCAUCAGGCUCUGUGGGAGCCAGGCUUUUCUCUGCUUUCUAAGGAAGAGCAGCCUUCUUUAUUGGACUUAUGGUGGCCGAGGUUGCGUCAGAUGAUUGAACAGCUUGUCUGAAGAUUAAUAUUUCCACUGUGCGCUGGAUAUUUUCUCCUCCAUUCCUUGGUAGUCAUGUCGAUAUACAGAAAAUUGAAGUGACGCCACCUUAUGAUUACUCCUAAAGGGUUAUCGGCAGCUGAACAGUGAGCGAUCUCAGUUUGUCCAGAAGUGGAAUGACCUUCCCCUCCAGCAUUGUUACCUUAGAAAGGCACAGCGGACAUGGGAAUAUUAUGUAAUAAAGGUUGAAUGUUGUCGGCUGGCAAAGUGUAAUUCAAAGGCACAUUACCCAAAGUAUUUACAGGACGUAACACAGUUCUGUUUCCAAAAUGGAUUUUGAUAUUUGAAAAGGUAAACAAAAAUCUGCUGCCGAUGGCAUGAGCAGCUCAAUACAACAGCUUUUAACAGGAUGUACCGGUCCUUUGUCUGUAAGAAGGUAGCAAACAAUUAUUUUGUCAAUGACAUUGUUUGCUUAUGUUUUGCUUUGAAAUAGGGCUGAAACAAUUGAUUGGAUUCAUCCUGAUAAAUUGAUUAUUAAAGCAUACCAUUUGCUAAAAGAACUUAACUGACUCUAUGUAGAAAUGAGACCCUUGUUUUUGCCUUAAUGUUUACUGAUGAGAAAAGGUGGCUCAAUAAAUGCCUCAGAUCAGGUAGUGCUUCACUGUUUAGCCUUUACAGCUAUCCUAUGUUUGAUGGAGCUAUUGUUUCACUGGCCUGCAUUUCCAUCUUGGCGAAGCAAUCUUUGCAGGUGGCAUUAUGUCAAUUCCGUUGAGAGAACUUUCAGCAUCUCAUCUGUUAAUUAGAUUUUCUUGUUCAUCUGGCACAUACAGAGGAAAUGGGAGCUGUAAUUACAGAUUACUUUAAAUGCAGAUUAAAUAGGAAAAAAAGGAUAUUUUAAAUUUCAUCAGUUAUUUAAGCUAUACGUUUCAGAGUGAAUAGCCAAACGGAAAACUAACAAUCCUUUAGUUUCUAGUUCUUAGUGUCGCUGAGGCUUAACUCUGUUGUCAUGAAACUGAUGGCUAUCUCAUCAGGUCUCAGCCAGGCCGAUGGAGGUUUUAAGAGUGGUUACGCUAAGGUCAUUUGGUUGACACUGAUAGGAUCAACAUGGAGAAGCCUUUAGAUCAGCGAUUUCAAACUCAAACCCUCAAAGACCAGUAUCCUACAGCUUUUAGAUACAGCUGAAUCAAGACACGAUUACCUCCUCAAGUGACAUUCAGCUCCCCAGAGUCCUUGAAUAGACCUUAUUAUUUCAUUCAGGUGUGUUAAAGUAGAGACUUGUCUAAAAGGUGCCAGACACAAGUCACUGAGGACUGGAUUUUGGCAUCCCAGCUUUGCGCACGUGUUAAAAGGGCUAACAAAACCGAGCCCAAAUCCCCUCUGAUGGUUAACACCUCUGUUUUAUUGCAAAACACUAAUUGCGAUAUUUUGUGUAUAUACACAAGGGAUUUAAAGUGAUUUCUGUUUUUGUUUUCAGAUCAACAAAGCAAAUUAUCCUGAAUCUGAUUUGUAUACAUUAAUUAGCUAUUGCACUAUAAUUUAUGUUUUCUUGUAGAAGCCUGUCUUUUAUGUUGUGGUUUGCAUAUUUAUUUAUUAUUGUGAUGCAGAACUUUGAUAUCUGGCUUGACUGUAGACAUCAAAGCACUUUGAUUCAGUGUGACGUAUAAUGAUGCAUGAAGGCUUUUAAUCUGCUUGUACAAAUUCUGUUUUUUGCUUUGAAGUAAUUUUAAGUGAUAUUUGGAAAUUAACUUGAUUCUGACCCAACAAGAACACUAAAGAAUGUAAUUUUAUAUAUAGUCAAGUUUAUCCUCGACCCAGAAAGUACUUGAAUAUCAGGUGGAAAAAAUAUAUUCUCUAUCAUACUAAGAUGUUUUAAUAUUGUUCACUAUUUAAUUUCACUGGAAAUCUUCUGUUUGCUGUUUUGAACUGUAAGCAAUGUUUCUGAACAGUUACUUUGAGAGAAUGUUAUUUCAAACAAAUUGUCGCCAUAAAAUGUAAAAAAAAAAAAUGCCUUUGAGCGUUUCUACAAUCGUUCCUUCUGCUUUCAGCAGAAUGUCCUGGUCACCAACAUCUAAUCAAUAAAACACUUCUUCAAAAAUGAUCAGUAAGUUGCUGUGGCUGGAAUUACCUAAAUCUUUCUGGUAUAUAAUAUGUUUUACAGGGACAACUGUUUUUAUGUUAUUUAGCAUGUGAUGAAGAUAAAGAAUUAUGUGGAAAGGGAGGGAUUUUUCUUCAAAGAUUUUUUGUCUUUUUUUAUAUUCAGUUACCCCAUCAGCAAAAAAUCUGCUCUUUUGGAUGGAUUUGUUCACGCAAGCUAUAAGACUGAUUUUACACCCUGCGUGUCGUCAAAAGGAAGAAAAAAAUAAUACUGUUAAAUAGAAACAAAUAUAGUUUCCAUGCAUCGAUUCAAUGCAAAUUUGUUUUCUAAAUAUCAUUGUGAACAGUAGA